UCAUUACCACUUGGUUCAUAUCAAGGAGCACCAGUAACACAAGAAGAUCAGAUCAGAUAGACCACAAUCCCUCAAUAAAUCCGACCACCGGCAAGCACCACCAAAUGGCUCUACGAAAACGAGUGUUUGUUCUGACUCUAUUCAUGAUCACGAUCGUCAGACUUGUGCCGAGAAGAUCGUCUGCACAAAGUGACUGCACAUCGACAAUCAUCAGCCUAGCCCCAUGCCUGAAUUACAUAACUGGCAGCACUGAUACACCAGCUGUGGCAUGUUGUUCUCAGCUGGAAAAGGUGGUGCAGUCGGAGCCCAGGUGCUUGUGCCUUAUCCUUGAUGGUGGAGCGGCACAGUUUGGGGUCACUGUUAACCAGACCAAAGCUCUGGAACUCCCCGGCGCAUGCAGUGUUCAGACACCACCAGUUAGCAGAUGCAAAGACGCUGCUGCAGUUGCGCCAGCACCCCCACCAGGCAGUGGAUCGGAAACUACUCCCGGCGGAGUUUCCCGAGGAAGCUUUCUACAACCAGUGGCUUUUCCUGUUGUCUUCUCUGUGGGCUUCAUCAUUUUGGCGUACUUCUCAAUGCAUUAUAUGAGCUCCUAAGCAUGAAUCAGUUCUUUGCUCUAGGCUUCUACAAUUACACAUGCUGAUAUUUGCUUUUUACCCUGUGAUUCUGUGUAACGUCAAGCUCUUUAAAGGCUUAUGUACUUCUAUGUGGUAUAGUAAAGAAAAUCUGUAAGGCUUAUUUGAUCAGAGAUACUCUCACUAAUAUAGCGGCCAAUGUUUGUGCUGUAUCCCGUAUAAUUUAACUUUUUUAAUACCAUUAUUUGCCGACCAGCAAGCAUGCAA